AUGAAGGUAUAUUGUGAUGUGGACUCCAAGAACAAGAGCUGGAUAGUUAUUCAGAGAAGAAUGGACGGGUCUGUAAAUUUCAAUCGCAGUUGGGCCGAUUACAAAGCUGGCUUCGGCAACGUGAGAGUCGAAUUCUGGUUUGGCAAUGAAUAUAUCUACCAGCUGACUAAGGACAAACCGAGGGAGCUGAGGAUUGAUAUGGAGACGUUCGAUGGACGAAAGGGUUAUGCAUUGUAUUCUGCCUUCAGUGUUGUAUCUGAGUCUGGGAAGUAUAAGCUCCAUGUGGGCGGAUACACUGGUGACGCAGGGGACGAUUUAGAAUCGUAUCACAAUAAUCAGUCAGCAUUCACUAAAGGUGCACUUUUAUUUUUGAAGAUACUAUAA